AUGGAUAAGUUACCAUAUGAACUUCUCUUUUCAAUAGCUACUCAUCUUGAUUCACCAAAAGAUUUAUGUUCACUUUCUCAAGUUUCUUCAUUGUUUUUAUCUAUAUCACGUGAUGAUCGCAUAUGGAAACGACUAUGCUAUCAAUUGUACAAUAUAAAAUUUCCGCUAAACGAAAUGAAACAAAGUUUUUACGAUUUAUUUACGAAAAUUCUCGUGCCAUACGGUCGAUAUCUUGGCUAUUGGAAAUCAAAUGAAAAGUAUUUUGGUGGUCUCAUUAAUGUUUAUUUAAAUAUAUCUGAUGGAACUAUAACUGGUGAAAAGUUUAAAGUAUUAAAUGCUUCUCUUGGUGCACCACAAUUGUUUUUUGAUGAUGAUGACGAUGAAGAUGAUGAAGCUGAUGAAUCUUUUUUAAAACCUGUUUAUACAAAAAUUAAAUUAUUUACUAUUGAUUGUCAAUCUCAUCAGAUAUUAUGUCAUCAAUGUAAUGUACUUCAUUCAGAACUGUCAUGGAUAAAAAAUUUUGAUUCAAAUCAACAAUAUUUUGGCUUAUCACAAGAAGCAUUACCGAUCAAUGAACGAUCAUCGUUAGUUGAACAUGAUCAUAAUUUGAUGGAUAGUCCAGAAGUACGUGAUAUCUAUUUUACAAGAAAUUGUUCGAAUGAUUCAUCUAUUGUUUAUCAUCCUCUUUCAAUUCCUCAACCAAGAACCGGUGAUAAUAAUCAUCCAUUAGCACGUUUUAAUGGACUUUGGGUAGGAUCGUAUGGUGGUCAUGGUCUUGAAUUGCUUUAUUUUGAGCUUUAUCAUGAUUUUACAUGUCCGAUAACCAUCGAUGGUACAUCAAAAGAUGUGGAAAUUGUGCCGAAUGCUUUAGUUGCUAGAAAAAUUUCCGGAGAUCCUAAUGUACCACAUAGUAAAAUUUCUUUUGCUGCUACACAUGCUAUUGAGGCGGAUUCAGAUUCUCCAAUAUGUUAUGAAGGCAUUGGACAAAUUGCACAUACAGGCUAUAUUGAUGCGAAAUUUAUCCGUACAAAAAUAAUGCCAAUAUCAGAGGAUGUAUUGAAAGUUACUUGGUAUGCUUUACAUCAUACUUCAUUGUUUAAGAGAUGUUUAUUUUGA